AAAAAAUCGACCCGAAUUCACCGAUCAACACUAGCCCGCCUUUGAUAAAAUAAUCAUGUUUGGAGUUUAGUUGAUCAGAUAAUCCUCCCGGUUACUACCAUUCACGCUAUGACUGCGCCAGAGCAGCCUCUGAAACAAGGAGAAAUGGCGUCCGCGGACGUGGACAGCAGUCAAAGCGAGUUUCUGCAAGCCGGCGGCGCAGCGGAAACACAGACAACAGAUAUGUCAGCCAUUCAGUUGACGGGUUCAGACAGAUGGGAGGUGUUAACUCCCGUCUCAACUGGGAAGGAAGACCAGGGAGUCGUUCAUAUUCCAAACUCGGGGAUCGUCACAUCCAACGGGCAGUACGUGCUUCCUAUUGGGAGUCUUCCCAGCCAGCCCAUUUAUGUUACAGCAUCUGGGAAUGAGGCCACAGCCAAUGGAGUGUCAGGCAUUCAGUAUCAGGUCAUCCCCCAAAUACAAAAUGCAGAUGGGACUCUUGCAGGGUUCCAAACACAGGGGUUGGAUGAUGGCACAGGGCAGAUCCAGCUCCUGCAGGAUGGCAGCCAGGGCAGCAUCGGAAUCAGCUGCACCACGACGGCAGCGACAGACCUCCUGACGCAGGCGGGGCAAGUGCAGUCAAUCCAAGGCGUCCCGCUGGCUGGGGGGUCAGCAUACACCAGUACAGUACCUGUAGGGCUGCCCAGCAACAUAACAUUCGUCCCUAUAAACAGUUUGGAUCUGGAGUCUCUAGGGCUGACCGGAGCACAGACGGUCCCAAUUGCAACAGGGGUGACACCUGAAGGUCAACUGAUCAUGAGCGGUCAAACGCUGGAGAGUCAGAGUCAGGACGCUGGCGCCAAACAGCCGCUGGUGACGGUGAGCAACGCCGGCGGCAACCCAGAACUCUACGUGCCAACCACCACAACCACCUCCUCCAACUCCUCCCAUCUUCCCGAGACCAUCGACGGCACUGGGGUUCUGACCCAAGCAACUGCUGUGUCUGCUGGUGUGUCUGACCCCUCCUCCUCAGCCAGCUUCAACUCCCACAACCACCUGCAGCAAAUCCAGGUCUCAUCCUCCAAUGCCACCACUAUCUCACAGCCCAUUCUGCAGCUGUCUGGGGACAGUCAGGCCCAGGUGGCCCAGGUGGCUCAGGGUCAGGACCUGAAUGCAGCAGCAGGUCAGACUCUACAGAGUGUGCAGCUGGUCAACCCGGGGACCUUCCUCAUCCAGGCCCAAACCGUCACCGCUACUGGACAGAUCCAGUGGCAGACCUUCCAGGUUCAAGGUGUCCAGUCACUCCAGGGGCUCCAGUUGCCCCAGGGGCAGGGGCAGGCCCAGCAGCUGACCUUAGCACCUGUCCAGACCCUCCCUCUGAGCCAGACAGGCCAGGUCAGCCUGCCCAACCUCCAGACAGUCACGGUGAACUCUGUAACACAAUCUGGAGUCCAGUACACACAAGGGGAGGAUGCAAACAGUCCAGCUGGUAUCCAGAUAAAGGAAGAGCCAGACUCUGAGGAGUGGCAGCUGAGCGGGGACUCCACGCUGAACCCCAGCGACCUGAACAACCUGCGUGUUCAGAUGGGAGACGAGGACAUGGAGACGCCGAGCGGGGAGGGCAAGAGGCUCCGCAGAGUAGCCUGCACCUGCCCCAACUGCAAAGAGUCAGGAGGAAGAGGUUCAGGCAUGGGGAAGAAGAAGCAGCACAUCUGCCACAUCGCCGGCUGCGGGAAAGUUUACGGGAAGACGUCUCAUCUCCGAGCUCACCUGCGCUGGCACAGCGGGGAGAGGCCCUUCGUCUGCAACUGGAUGUUCUGCGGGAAGAGGUUCACCAGGAGCGACGAGCUGCAAAGACACAGGAGGACACACACAGGAGAGAAGAAGUUUGUGUGCACAGAGUGCUCCAAGAGGUUCAUGCGGAGCGACCACCUGGCCAAGCACAUAAAGACUCACCAGAAUAAAAAAGGCGUUCCCUCCACGUCCCCGCCCACCACUGACGCCGUCAUCACCACCGACGGAACCACGCUCAUCCUCCAGACCGCCACCACCCACGACCUCGUAGGCAAUCAGGAGAUCCCUUUACAGCUGGUCACGGUGGCGCCCGGUGAGGUCAUGGAAUGAGGGGGUGAAUGGGGUGAGGUGGUUUUUAUAGAACUGGCCUAUCACAGGGACCUCUUGGGCUUUUCUCUUUCCCUCUUACCUUUUUUUUUGUUUGUUUGUUUUUUACAUAUGAAUAUAUACGUAAAUAUAUAUGACAAAUAUAUAUAUUUUAAGUAAGAGUUAUCAUGACUUUAUGUUUGUUUUUUGCAGUCUUUUUAUAGGCGGGCAAAAAAAAAAACAUUAAAAUGUGGUCGCUUUGUACACGCGUAGACACACAUACACACCAACACACACACACACACACACACACAAGAAAACACGUAUUAACACUCAACACACAACAUGAAUACUCAACACAAUGAAAUGCCUUAUUUUGUAUCAUACUCUUGUAUAAAAUGCUGGAGGUGCAUGUGUUUUUUAAGCUUUGCAGAUGAUGUAACUGUAACGGAGAUAAAUGUGUUUGUGAAACGGCGAUGAUGAGGAGGAAGAGGAGGCGUUUGUGAAAGACAGAAAAGGAAGUAGUGAACCCUUAUUGGCACGAGCGUUCCGACAGAAUCGAGCGGCCUGUUUGAAGCAGCGCGGCAUCCGCGCCGAACUGUUGCGCCGCCCCCGCUGCCAUGAAUGAACACUUUUGUUUUUAAAGGAAGAGUUCAGCAAUUAGGGAAACGCGCUCAUUCACUGUCUUGCCAAGAGUUGGAUGAGAAGUGAUCACACUCUGUUUGUAUAAUAAAUAUGAAGCUGCUGGUUCGUAGUUGGGCUGGGAGUCAAACCAGUGGAGACUCCAGGAAGUUGCUGCACCCACCCAAAAAAUAGUCCAGCACCUAAACCUGCGUAAACCACUUCUACAGUUCAGAUUUUCAAAGUAAAAGUCAACAUGUGAACUAAUGAGCUUUAUAGGUUGCUGGUCGGUGGAUUUUGUUGCAUUUGGACAAAGCCAGGCUAGCUGUUUCCACCUGUUUUCAGUGUUUAUGCUAAGCUAAGGCUGCUAGCGAUAUCUUCAUGCUUAGCAUACAGUCAUGUGAGCGGCAUCACUGUUCUCAUCCAGCUCUGGGCAAGAAAGAAGAUCAGCGGAUUUGCCGAAUGUCGGAACUUUUCCAAACCCGCAGCUGUCGCCCAAUCAUUGAUAGCCAACAGGACCGCGACGCUCUCGUCGUGCUGUGGUGCUUCGAGCAGAGCGGGAGGUUCGGCUGAUGGUCAGAGUAGGACCACGGCGCUGCUGUUAACUGAUCCGAGUUUGGUGUUCUCCGCCUCAAUGCGGGAAAAAUAGAUGCAAGCUGCUCUGAAAAACGGGCGACUUCUUCCAGCGUCUGGUCAGCCUGAACAGAAUGUCUCACCUGUCCUCACGAGCACACCGUCCGCUGUGCUUGUCCACGUCAAAACACUUUUUAACAUUUUUUUUUUCUUUCUUUUUUCAUAUUUUUGUUGUAAAUUCACAGUGUAUUUCUGUUUUCUGUGUCUCUUUGCCGAUCUGGGCGUCGUCUAAAUCGAAGCCACACGGCGAUCAUAGAUUUUAAAGUGUAGAGUGGUUACCUCUGAAUUCCUGCAGGGCUCUUCAUUGUCAUUGUCAGAUGCACAUGGAUACAGGAGGAGAACACGCACCAAUUUUUGCCAUGUGAAGAAAACCAAGAAACGGAUGCAACAAAUCAGCGAGCCCUCGAGGGUGUUUUUGUCAUCGAACAUUCCAGUUGGACACCAGAUGAUGUGGGAAUAGUUUUGCAAUAACUGCUCUGUUGGUAAUUCUGGCCAGAUGUCACUCAACUGUAAAAGGAAAACAAUCAUGCCAUUGUCUUUUUUUUUUUUUGGUUAAAUUUAAUUAAUGUAAUCCCUUCCUCAGUUUGUCCUCAUGUUUGUAGCAUUCAUUUACAUGUAUAUUAUCUUAUUUUCACAUUGUUUAUAGAAGCCAUUACUUAGUAACUGAAUUUGUUGCAUCAAACCCUUAUUUUAAGUGAUUUUUUUUAAAGAAUUGGUGUAAAAAUUGAAUGUUAUCUUUUGUAAAACCUUUUUUCAAAUGGAUCACAAUAAAAGUCUGAAACCUUC